AGAUGACAUCGAUGCUGCAUCACCCGAUAUAACCUUUCAUCAACGUGCUGAACUGUUCUGUAAUGAUGAGGGUCGUCCCUCAAAGGAUGGAAUAUAUUAUUUAAGCGUAUUCGAAAACUGCAGAGAUCCUUGGAUGCUACUUUGAGCCAGCAAAUGUCGACGAUAUCUGUGGUAAACGGCAGUGGCUGCAGAGGAGAGGUCUGCCGGUGGUCAUUUUGAAAUGCUGUGUUCUCCUCAAGUGAGGAAUGAUGGCCGAGGACUUUUCCAAAUGUCAGCCUUCCUUUUCAUUGAAGGACCUUUUGAAGAUGAUUUGAGGGCAGUAACAGGAGGAUCCUGUGUUUUUACGAGAUGAUUGGGCAGCAUGCGACCUUUGCUCCGAGUACGUCGCAUUGGAUACAGAGAAAGUGAAAAAGGCUCUGCAACUGGCCCAAUGGGGAUGGACAACAAGCUAGGCGAUGCUUGAACCAUUUUUUGAUCUCGUUCAAAAACGCGUUCGAAACUUGGAUUUUCUUACUGGGCUGGGCAGCUGGUUUUCUUCUUAAAUUCCAUUCACCAUUACGAUGGCUUCCUCAGUCUCUCAGACCAAUUUCCCUCCUUUUCCUCCGCUAACAAAGCCACCAACCUCAACCAGCAUUGUCAAACGACUUUUCUUAUGUCGCCAUGGAGAAACAGCGCCAAAUGCUCUCGGUGUGUUGCAAGGAUCUGGUAUUGACGAGUAUUUGAACCCAGCUGGAGUCCGGCAAGCAGAAUGUCUGCGAGACAGAAUGUCUAGCAUAGAUAUCGAUAUCGUCAUGAGCAGCAAACUAAAGCGAGCAAGGCAAACGGCCCAAAUUGUCCACCAGAAGCAUGCAGAUCUUCCCUUUGUAGAAGUCGAAGAGUUGGCGGAAAUUUCAUGGGGGGAUUGGGAAGGCCAACAAAGUCCUGAACUCCGUAAUCUCUUGGAAAGCUGGCUGGAGGGAGACUUUGAAGCCAAAGCUCCCAACGGCGAAAGCCCAUUGGACGUCGAACAGCGAUCGGUACCUGCACUGUAUGAUAUACUGAAAAGACCGGAAGAACGGCUUGCUAUCGUCAUACACGGUCGUCUUCUCCGCAUUAUCCUCUCAUCCAUCCUUUACCGUUCAUUGGAGCACAUGAGCGCCUUUACUCAUCACAACACAUGCAUCAAUGUCAUUGAUGCAAUCAUCGAAAUGGAUCCAACAAAUUUGACUGCAUUUGACAAGUUGGUAAAUGGAUCCAUGGAUGAGCAAGUGGCUAAAGCAAUGGGAACAACGAGGCCCACGAGUUUGGAUGACAAUAUUGCGGUUGGUCGGGAGGAGGCUGAGGCUGCUGGCGCACUGUGCCGGUCUGCAGCAGGCAGUAAUGUACCGGACAGAGUCCCACGAACGCUUGUGCAGCACCCAGCGCACGUAAGAUUUGUGCCAAUUGUUUUGGAUAGUAUAGACCAUUUGCCAGUAGAAAUGGGAGGGCCCACACCGGCGGAACAGAAGUAGACGAAAGUUUUGGUCUAUUGCUCAAAUGACGCAAUCUUCACACCUCAUUUAGAGUAGAACAUCGCAUCAACGGUCACAAUAUCAUUAAACGCUACAUGAGAUAUAUUUACAAAGUGACGUUGAUCGCAAUUGUCCUCAUUGCAUUAGAGCGCUACCAGCAGGUGGCUGACAAACAAGUCACCGUCGACGCUGAUAGAACAAUACAUAUGCUGAUGGUCCCAU